AUGUGGUCAAGGAUCAACAAAAACCGCGCUCAUGCGACUGUCGAAAGUCCAACAGGCCAGCCCGUGCUGCAGACAACAUCUGGCAAUCCGUUACCGUCUAAGAGCACCUUGAAAGACUUGCCAGCUCUGCCAAGAGAGUCUACUCAGUCUCCCGACAAUGAUCGCGUGAUAUCUACUAUCUACUCGCGUGACGAUAGCGGGGUGCGAUUUAUGGAUAGAAACAUGCCCACUUCGCCCACACACGACUAUACGGUGCACUCUAGAUAUGCAGAACAACAACUCCACGAUCAACCUGACAUAUCUCCGCCUGAUAGUCCUAUCGACUUGUCGGGCGCAAAGGACCAUGCCGAAGUCUCGCCCAUCGAUAAUGAUGGACGUUUCUUCCCUGAGCUACCCAAACAAAGAGCAAGUCAGGUACCGGUUCCGCGAAGAAACGUCAGCAGCGACCUAUCUGCCAACAUUACAAACCAAUCAGCAAUAGGGCUAUCCAGUUACCAAGCUAAGCGAACCAAUACUCGAGGUUUUGAAGGUCCACCAGACAAGUCUACCAUAUCACGAAACACCACACCCCAAGAUUCACGAAGUGUAAGCCAGCAAGUUGGGACAGCCGACGCCAGAAGCAAAGAAGCCACACGUCUAUUCGGUGCCAGAAAAGAGAAGCUGCAAAUCUUCACCAAAACUCGUGAACACAAACAGAGCGUACCCAAACAAUCUCCUGAGCAGUGGAAAGGGGCUAGUGGGCGCUUCCCUCUUGUCCCACCAAUUGAUACAAAAAGCACCAUGAAACACGGCAAAAAGCCUGUACAUGUACAACGUGAUACAGAGGAUCCCACACGGAAGUAUUUGAAUUCUCGGCCUGAUACUUACACUGUUACGACUAUCACAGCCGGCCCUCCACCUGAGGAAAAGCUUCGGGGCAAGACCAGUCAAUUCAGACGACGACCGAGGAAUGCGUCACCAGAAAAGAAGGAUUCUCCAAAGGAACCGGAACGUAAAAUUGAAUCCACCGUCAACCGCAAGGCCAGUCCUGUCAUUGAUGUCCCUGGCAUUAAUUCAGUUACUCCUCGUGAUGCACGCCAGUUCUCCGAAGGUAGAGCUAAUACGCCUACUCUUGACGCGCCAGACGAAUCCGACAUUUCCGAUAUGUUUCAUGAUCUGAGUCUCCCUCAAGAGCCGAGAAGUCGUUUCAGCGCUUCGACAUAUGCGGCGACUGAAGCUACAAAUACGCCACCAGGGAGCAGUCACGCUGACGUUCCACCUAUGCCAUCGUUGGAAUACUCCCCGAUUAUGACGAGACGACGACCAAUUCCAAGCUCUGCGGCAUCCAUCAAAAGCACGAAACGGAAGCCCGUCUCUGCCGAAACGCCGGCAAUACCAGACGUAGACAUCAAGAAUUUAUCUCCAGAGGAACAGGCACAACAUCGCGUUGAUGGCUUGGAAGGUCGGCGCAGACAGCUUUCAUUGCGGAAAGAUAGUAUCAAGAUCAUGCUCCGUGAGCUCACCGAAGUCAUUCAACCAAGUUCGAUUGCAUAUGACAUGGCUACUCGCGAUGAAGUCAAGAAGACUGUCAGUUCGUUGAAGAGUGAACUUGAUGAUAUUGGAAAGGAGGAUCAUGAAAUCGGCCUCAAACUUGUGCGGCUCUACAAGAACUUGAACAACAUAUCCGAGUAUGAGCAGAGCAGUCUGUGGGUCAAGAGAAUCACCGGUUGA